UUCUCUCGCCCAGCUCUCUCUCACAUUCUACAGUUUUCUCCAGUUCCUUAUAGUUUUUGUAGUAAAACUGGAGCUCUAUGGUGGUCCGUUUCAAAGUGGCCUCAAGCUGAGCAACAUGUUCUUCCACUUUCUUUUGUUCUCUCACCCAGCUGUCUUUCACAAGAUCCACAGUUUUCUGCAGUUCAUCAUGGAUUUUCAUGGAAGAUUGAAGCUUCAUGGUGGUCAGGUCCAAACUGAACUCAAGCUGAGCAACAUGUUCUUCCACUUUCUUUUGUUCUUUCACCCAGCUGUCUUUCACAAGAUCCACAGUUUUCUGCAGUUCAUCAUGGAUUUUCAUGGAAGAUUGAAGCUUCAUGGUGGUCAGGUCCAAACUGAACUCAAGCUGAGCAACAUGUUCUUCCACUUUCUUUUGUUCUUUCACCCAGCUGUCUUUCACAAGAUCCACAGUUUUCUGCAGUUCAUCAUGGAUUUUCAUGGAAGAUUGAAGCUUCAUGGUGGUCAGGUCCAAACUGAACUCAAGCUGAGCAACAUGUUCUUCCACUUUCUUUUGUUCUUUCACCCAGCUGUCUUUCACAAGAUCCACAGUUUUCUGCAGUUCAUCAUGGAUUUUCAUGGAAGAUUGAAGCUUCAUGGUGGUCAGGUCCAAACUGAACUCAAGCUGAGCAACAUGUUCUUCCACUUUCUUUUGUUCUUUCACCCAGCUGUCUUUCACAAGAUCCACAGUUUUCUGCAGUUCAUCAUGGAUUUUCAUGGAAGAUUGAAGCUUCAUGGUGGUCAGGUCCAAACUGAACUCAAGCUGAGCAACAUGUUCUUCCACUUUCUUUUGUUCUUUCACCCAGCUGUCUUUCACAAGAUCCACAGUUUUCUGCAGUUCAUCAUGGAUUUUCAUGGAAGAUUGAAGCUUCAUGGUGGUCAGGUCCAAACUGAACUCAAGCUGAGCAACAUGUUCUUCCACUUUCUUUUGUUCUUUCACCCAGCUGUCUUUCACAAGAUCCACAGUUUUCUGCAGUUCAUCAUGGAUUUUCAUGGAAGAUUGAAGCUUCAUGGUGGUCAGGUCCAAACUGAACUCAAGCUGAGCAACAUGUUCUUCCACUUUCUUUUGUUCUUUCACCCAGCUGUCUUUCACAAGAUCCACAGUUUUCUGCAGUUCAUCAUGGAUUUUCAUGGAAGAUUGAAGCUUCAUGGUGGUCAGGUCCAAACUGAACUCAAGCUGAGCAACACGUUCCUCCAGAUGUUCUUUUUCUAUCACCCAGCUCUGGAGAUGUAUGGCAUUUCUCUUAUCAACUUCCUCAUCCUCCUCUUCAACAAGCUGUUUAUAUUUCAUUUGUCUCCAGCAUUGAAAAAAAUCUCUAAAUCUUCUGAAGAGCUUCAUUUUUAUGUCUCCUUACUUACAAUUAGCAAAUUCACAAAUGAGAAACAGAGGCGCGUUCUGGCUUAUAUAGACGUGUCCUGAUCCACCGCCUGUGA